CAAUGUUUGACGUUACCAUGGUUAUGGAUUCAGAAUGAAAAGAACAUCGCUAAAAAUUGUCUUUGAAAUCAAAAUUAAUUCGGUUACAUGUCCAAAUAUUCGUUUAGACCCAUCAAAAUGGGUUCAUUUGCGGCUGAGCUUGCUGGGGUCGUACUUACGAAGUCGACUACUAAAGGCUCAAUUUCCGCUGCAGGUGGACGAGAAGAUGCGAGUCGAAAGAACUUUUCCCUUGUGCAGUACUGCUAAGCAUCUAUUUUCAGCUUUAAGUGGUGAAAGAAUCUCCAUCGAAUUGGUGCAACUGUAUCAAAUGGGCUCUAAGGUCCUUGCAAUAUUCAGCACAGAUUUAAAUGAUAUUAUCUUUGAGAGUCCUUACAUUAUUAGAGAGAGAGAGAUUCGAACCGAACAGCACACCAUGAUUAUGCAUACUACCCAUCAUUUUCCGGGAAUCGCAAAUCCUUACGUGAAUGCCACAAUAACAGUAAGACUCAUGAAAGUAAACGACACUGCUCUUGAAAUUUCUCGUGAUGGAGGCUGCAAUUUAACUCUUGGACUUAAAGGUUCUGAGAAUCCAUACUACGAAGCUCCGCUACAAGAGCCUUUGCCGACCUCUCACUGGUCAGAAAAUGUGAACCCUAUUAGGCCGUGUCAGAAAAUGGCAAUCUCUCGAUCCGAGCCGCAACCUAAAAUUAAGCCGAUAAAAAGACAAAUUUUUUGCGUCAGACAUGUUGACGAUAAGCUCAUUUGUCGUACACCUUCUGCCGAUCCAUCUUCUCAUUACGUUGAUCACAAGACAGCUACACCACAUUUUCCUGCGGUGCGUUCGGUUAAAUCACCUCUACAUAGAAGCACUUCUCACAUGGAAACAGUUUCAAGUUUAAUGCGUCGGAAGCCUAAAAUAAGCCAAGGUUUCUAUCUCUGGGAACCGGAGAGUGAAAGAAAAUAUGGAUGGGGAUUACCUGAUCAGUAUCAAACAAGUGAAUGCCCAUCGCAAACAUCAACAUUCGAAACAUUACAAUCGCAUAAAGGUCGUCAACCGACGGCGGAUUGGGAAUAUGAAGAUGGACAUUUUAGUCACUCACAACAAGAUGUAAACGAAUCGCAUUUUUCACAGAAACGCGAUUCAAAUAAUUUCUGGGUUAAUCAUAACUCGGAAAUUUGCACCCUUUGUAAUCUUUAUUACGAUUACUUCGGUCAGUAUUAUCCUAUGCAUACCGCGUAAGCCACGCGGUCUAAUAUAAUAAUCCUACGUUAUCAGAAAGA